GGAAGAUGGCGGCGUCCGUAUCUGCAGGGAGCGGAGCGGGGCCCUCGGGCUCAGGGAACCCAACCGGGACUUCGGGACUCACCGCUGCCAUUACCGGCACCAUGAACAAGAAGAAGAAACCCUUCCUCGGCAUGCCCGCACCGCUGGGAUAUGUACCGGGCCUGGGCCGGGGUGCCACUGGCUUUACUACCCGUUCUGAUAUCGGUCCUGCCCGUGAUGCCAAUGACCCGGUGGAUGACCGCCAUGCCCCUCCCGGGAAGAGAACUGUGGGGGACCAGAUGAAGAAGAACCAAGCUGAUGAUGAUGAUGAAGACUUGAAUGAUACAAAUUACGAUGAGUUCAACGGCUACGCCGGGAGCUUGUUCUCUAGCGGCCCCUACGAGAAGGACGACGAGGAAGCGGAUGCCAUCUACGCGGCCCUGGAUAAGCGUAUGGAUGAGAGGCGGAAGGAGAGAAGGGAGCAGAGGGAAAAGGAGGAGAUUGAGAAAUAUCGUAUGGAGAGACCCAAGAUCCAGCAGCAGUUCUCUGACCUGAAGAGGAAGCUGGCGGAAGUGACGGAAGAGGAGUGGCUGAGCAUCCCUGAGGUGGGAGAUGCGCGCAACAAGCGCCAGAGGAACCCGCGGCAUGAAAAGCUGACGCCCGUCCCCGACAGCUUCUUUGCAAAGCACUUACAGACUGGGGACAGCCACUCGUCAGUCGAUCCGCGCCAAACGCAAUUCGGAGGGUUGAACACCCCGUUCCCAGGGGGACUGAAUACUCCGUACCCUGGCGGGAUGACCCCGGGGCUAAUGACUCCCGGUACUGGGGAUCUGGACAUGAGGAAGAUUGGACAGGCCAGAAACACACUAAUGGACAUGAGGCUGAGCCAGGUGUCCGACUCUGUAAGUGGCCAGACUGUGGUUGACCCCAAAGGUUAUCUGACUGACCUGAACUCUAUGAUCCCAACCCACGGCGGAGAUAUCAAUGAUAUUAAGAAAGCCCGUCUGCUUCUGAAGUCAGUGAGAGAAACGAACCCUCAUCACCCCCCGGCCUGGAUCGCUUCUGCCCGUCUCGAGGAGGUGACUGGCAAAUUACAAGUCGCUCGAAACCUCAUCAUGAAAGGAACAGAGAUGUGCCCCAAGAGUGAAGAUGUCUGGCUGGAGGCUGCUCGGUUACAGCCCGGGGACACUGCCAAGGCGGUGGUAGCACAAGCUGUGCGGCACCUCCCACAGUCCGUGCGCAUUUAUAUCCGAGCAGCAGAGCUGGAGACUGAUCUUCGAGCCAAGAAACGCGUCCUGAGAAAAGCUCUGGAGCAUGUCCCUAACUCUGUCCGUCUGUGGAAAGCUGCAGUGGAGCUGGAGGAGCCGGAGGAUGCUCGAAUCAUGUUGAGUCGUGCUGUGGAGUGUUGCCCCACCAAUGUGGAGUUGUGGCUGGCUUUGGCCAGGUUGGAGACCUAUGAAAAUGCCCGUAAGGUUCUGAACAAGGCUCGGGAGAACAUUCCCACAGACAGACAUAUCUGGAUCACAGCUGCCAAGCUGGAAGAGGCCAACGGCAACACACAGAUGGUGGAGAAGAUUAUAGACAGAGCCAUCACAUCUCUGAGAGCCAACGGGGUCGAAAUCAACCGUGAGCAAUGGAUACAGGAUGCAGAGGAGUGUGACAAGGCCGGCAGCGUGGCAACAUGUCAGGCCAUCAUCAAGGAUGUAAUUGGCAUCGGAAUAGAAGAGGAGGAUCGGAAGCACACGUGGAUGGAGGAUGCUGACAGUUGCGUCGCUCACAGUGCCUUGGAGUGUGCCCGGGCUAUCUAUGCCCACUCCCUUCAGGUCUUCCCCAGCAAGAAGAGUGUGUGGCUGAGGGCUGCGUAUUUUGAGAAGAACCACGGCACCAGGGAGUCGCUGGAGGCGCUCUUGCAGCGUGCUGUUGCCCAUUGUCCUAAAGCUGAAGUGUUGUGGCUGAUGGGAGCCAAGUCCAAGUGGCUAGCAGGUGAUGUGCCGGCUGCCAGAAGUAUCCUUGCCUUGGCUUUUCAGGCCAAUCCCAACAGCGAAGAGAUUUGGUUGGCUGCCGUCAAAUUGGAGUCUGAAAACAAUGAAUAUGAGAGAGCUCGCCGGCUGCUGGCCAAGGCUCGGAGCAGCGCACCUACUGCCAGGGUGUUCAUGAAAUCUGUAAAACUGGAAUGGGUUUUGGGGAACAUCGAAGCAGCUCAGGAUCUCUGCGAGGAAGCCCUUCGUCACUAUGAGGAUUUUCCCAAACUCUGGAUGAUGAAGGGGCAGAUUGAAGAGCAGGGGGAACAGAUUGAAAAGGCCAGAGAUGCCUAUAACCAAGGGCUGAAAAAGUGUCUCCAUUCCACGCCUUUGUGGUUGCUCCUGUCUCGCCUGGAGGAGAAGGUUGGGCAGCUGACACGAGCCAGGGCCAUCCUGGAGAAGUCUCGUCUGAAAAACCCAAAGACCCCGGAGCUGUGGCUCGAGUCUGUGCGUCUGGAGUUCCGAGCUGGGCUAAAGAACAUCGCCAAUACCCUAAUGGCUAAAGCUCUGCAAGAAUGUCCCAACUCAGGAAUUCUGUGGGCAGAAGCGGUGUUCCUGGAAGCCAGGCCCCAGCGCAAGACAAAGAGCGUCGAUGCCCUUAAGAAGUGUGAGCACGACCCACAUGUGCUGCUGGCAGUUGCUAAACUCUUCUGGAGCGAACGCAAAAUCACCAAAGCCCGGGAAUGGUUUCACCGGACCGUGAAAAUUGACUCGGACCUGGGGGAUGCCUGGGCAACCUUCUAUAAGUUUGAGCUGCAGCACGGUACAGAGGAGCAGCAAGAGGAGAUCAGGAAGCGAUGCGAGAAUGCAGAACCGCGCCACGGGGAGCUUUGGUGUGCGGUGUCCAAAGAUAUAAAGAACUGGCAGCAGAAGAUAGGGGAGAUCCUUGUCUUGGUGGCGGCUCAAAUCAAGAACGCCUUCUGAUGAGAGGCCGGCUUGCAGGGCAGCGCCAAUCCUUCCGGAACAAUAUUUUUUAUAUACAUGCAUUUGGAUUCCCCACGUUCUCUGGAUUUUGUCUGUUAUUCCGUAAUGAGGCGGGCACAGGGGAAUUAUUCUGGAAAUGUCCUCAUUUGGGAUUUUCCGUGAAAGUUCCUUUUCCAUUUCUGUAACUAUAAACUCUGAGGCCAUUUUUAGCUUAUAGAAACACAUUGGCUUUAGAUGCCACCUUUCUGCAGUGUGAAGAAGGCUCCAUUUUUAUUGUGUGGUUGCCUAUUAUUGCUGGGCACCACGGAUUGGCAAGGAUAUCCCAGGACUACAUGAGGCUUCCUAAGUUCUUAAUGACUGUUUUCAAUCCCGAGAGACUUUGGAUGUUGCCCCCGGUAGCUGCACAUUGACCUGUAACAUAGAAUCAUAAGUCAGUAGCUCUUUUUGGGAUCUUGGCAGCUGAUAAUCUUGAGCGUGGCAGUGAGUAGUCGCUCUGGAUCUUUACCACAGGGAGUAAUAUCUUAUUAGCAAUGGGCAUUUCUGUAUUAUUAUUUACUUUGUUUUUAAUGUUUCACAAUACAAGCCCAGUUUGUGUGGCCGGUAAGCUUGUCAUUCCUUGUCUUGUUCAUAGGUUAUUUGCUGCCCAGAGGCAAAGGAACACCCCCAUUUCAGCUAAACUUGCUAGUAGAUGCUGUAGGUUGGUUCCUGCGGGGGAACCGGCGCUCUGUGUGCUUUGAAAUAAGUGAUUUUGAACAAAAAAUGUCCAGUGCAAGCUGUUUGUACCUUGGCACCACGUAAUAAAGUCUGUGGCCUUUA